AUGGUUUUUAAUAUUGUAGGUUUUGAAAAUGGGAAAACCGUAGCUCGGGCACGCACCCAUGGAUCAUCGAUUGACCCCAACCCGCAAAAGGAUGUCGCCGGUCCAUCACGCAAAGCAGUCGGUAAACGAAACAAGGGAGGAGAAGAGGGAAGCGAUCCUUCCCUUACAAAUGAUGAAAUCAAACCUAUCGCUCCAACCUUCGGGGUCGCACAAUCCGGCCGACAAAAUUCUACCAUAGAAAGCUUCUUUUUAGACAAAUGCAACUCCAUACGCCAGCGCACCACGGGAGAAAUUUUCAUCGUGGGACUUAUCACGAUCAUAGGUCGAUUCGUCGGCCUAGACUUCCUGGCUCCUGAGUACAUACUUGUCAACGCCCCACCGAACUUUUUGCUGGACUGUGAUGCUCUCAUUAGGAUGGAGAUGUUGCUCGAUCGGGGAACCUGCAUGUACAGUUGGUUAGACUCUGACAGAACCGCGGUUUACAUCCUUCCAAGUUGGAUCGGUUCUUCAUUCGACACAGAUGACCCCGACACUUGGCUUCCUCCAGAUCAGUUGACCCAAGCAGGUGUAUUUCCAGAAUUCGGUGAUGAAGAGGGUGAAGACACUGAGGAACCCGAGGAAGAAGAUGACAAAAAGGACGACGAGAUGCCCGAAGCUGAGGACCAUUUUGACCAGCCUUCGAUGUAG